AUGGCCGCAACAUGGCGGCCAUACUUCCUCGAAGUCCCAAUCGCAGUUCCGUUAGAGAUCGAGCUCCUGCUUCUUGACGCUGCGGUCGGCGGCGCAUGCUCGUUACGUACGCAUAUGAUCGAAACACUCCUCAAAGUCAAAAGCAAUCAUGGCGACCAGGCAAUUUUCCACAUGAAUCCCUUCGGUCUCGGCUUUUUCACUGAGGACAUCCUCGACUACUUGGCUAUCCGCAAGCUCUCACAAAUCAACAAGGCCAUGCGCGAGAAGAUGCAAACACUCGAAGACACGUGGCUUACCCACGCUCUGAGGAAGCGUAGACGCAUGAACCUCACCCAGUUCGAAGCAUUCAUUGCCAGCCCGAGCCCGAUUAUCGACACACUAUCCUUGGUCGUCAUUGACAGGAACUUACCGGCGGACUUGGAACUGCUGAGGAAAGUCGGACUCGGGAAGCCUAGCGGUCAAGGACAAUACCGACUAGAACUCAUGCGCGACAAACUCGCGUCUCUUGUUUACAAGCCAUGGCUCAAAGCUGUCAUGAAAAUGCCGCCUUCAGUCCGCUCGGUCGAGAUUAUCAACGUGCCUUUUAUCCCUAUGAAAACGCCAGAGUCAGGUUGGACUGCGAAGGUUGCUUUGCGGAUUGCAGCGAAGACGAAGAACCGAUGCAUCAUCAAGUUCGCCGAUACAAACGACGGGAGCCACUUUGUGUCAUUCUUUCCGCCCUGGAAGAAACGUCUUUUAGGCGAUUGCAGCGCCCAAGACCGUGAGCGUAGUCUUCAAGAUGAAGGUCAUCUGAUACUUCAGCGCAAAACGCCUAAGGAUCCUCUCGCGAGGGUGGGAUUGGCCUUACGGAAGUCUCGCAAGAGGAAGCUUAAAGCCUUGAAGACCUAG